AUGUGCUACAAAGCAUAUGGGUCAACAAAGCUGAAACAUAAAAACAGCUCUCUAAUGAAUAAUGCAUUUAUAAAAUCAUUAAAAACCACAUCAGAUGAAUCUUUUCACUUGUCGCUCUUGAUCCCUUCCGAGGAUUUGUGCAAUCAGAAAAUAUUCGAGAUAGGGGUUGAGUUCGAACUUACAACUAUACAAUUAAAUGACUUUACCCUCGUUCCAUAUGCACGGAAAAAUAAAAUCGCGUUAAAAACAUCUGUGCGAAUAUUCUUUCCGUUGUUGAUUUUACUUGAUUAUUUACUCCUUGCUACGACAUUGAAAAGCAGACAAUGA